AGCUCCGGAGGCCAGCGCGAGCAACCCUCGCGCGUCCUCUCCCCCGGUGAGCGACGGCCCCCAGCGCGCUCGACCGCCCUUUCUUCCCCCUUCCUCUAGCCGUGCGCGUUCCCUCAUCUGGCGCGACCCCCCUCGCGCGCCCGAUUCAGGCGCGGCCCCUUUCUCUCCCGCUCCCCGCGGCGCUGGGCCUCUUUAGGCGCCCGAUCCCGGCCAGGGUCCCCUCGUUCCUGCCUGCCGGACGCCGCUAACGGUUUCGUGUACGGCUUCCGGGGGAGACUCCGCGCGUCCAUCCGUGUGCCGGGCUGGGCCGGGGGUCGCGAUGUCGGGCGGGGACUCGGCGGCGGCUGCGGCCUCCCCUCAGCCGCUCCCCUUCUCCUUGCCGAAGCCCCCUCCCCUCAUGCAGCUGACGCCGGGGGACGCCGUCCGCCCCGUUGCCUCCGCUGCGGACCAAUCGCCGAAGAGCUCCCGGUUGGGAGGCCGCCCGGAUUGGCCGGGUGGGAAGCCUGUCAGCCUCCUGGCCCCGCUGCUCCCGCCCCGCGGUGAGCCCGAGCCUCUAAUGCCCUUUGGCCCCUCGUCGCGGCAGCAACUUAGAGGGAGGCUUCUUGGCAGGUGUGGCGGGGGGGGCCUCCUGAACCCCUCGAUGAGGCCGGGCGGAGUGGAUAGAGGAUCCCUCAUGAUGGGGCACCCAGGCAUGCCGCAUUAUCCACCUAUGGGAAUGCACCCAAUGGGCCAGAGACCACCGAAUAUGCCACCAGUUCCACAUGGAAUGAUGCCUCAGAUGAUGCCUCCAAUGGGAGGACCACCAAUGGGGCAGAUGCCUGGAAUGAUGCAGUCAAUGAUGCCUGGAAUGAUGAUGUCUCAUAUGUCCCAAGCGCAUAUGCAGCCUACUGUACCGCCAGGAGUAAACAGUAUGGACACACAAGUAGGCACUACACCUCCUGGAACACAGAUCACACAUCAAAUAGUUUGCGCAGCCCAGCAAACCACCACAACCAACAGUUCUAUAAAUGAAGAUCCUUCUAAACAGAAAUCUAUGUGGACUGAACAUAAAUCACCAGAUGGAAGAACUUAUUAUUAUAAUACCGAAACAAAACAAUCUACAUGGGAGAAGCCAGAUGAUCUCAAAACACCUGCUGAGCAAUUGUUAUCUAAAUGCCCUUGGAAAGAGUACAAAUCUGACUCUGGAAAGCCUUAUUACUACAAUUCCCAAACAAAAGAAUCACGCUGGGCAAAACCCAAAGAGCUUGAAGAUCUUGAAGCAAUGAUUAAAGCUGAAGAAAACAGCAGUAAACCAGAAGAAUCAACUCCAACAUCUUCUGCUCCAGCUGUUGCAACAGAAAUUACAGAUACCGUCACUGCUGCCGCCGCCACCACCACCACCAGUGAGGUUGAAACUGCCGUGGCUACUACUGCAGCCACUGCCAUUCCUGCUGUAACGGCUGCUCCUGAGGCUGAAGCUUCUACAGUAGCUGCUGUUGUAGAAAAUGAAAGUACAGUAACUACAACAGCUGAGGAACAAGUGCAGCAAACUACUACUACCACCACCACUGCCACCGCCGCUGCCACAACCAUCGCCACCCCUGUUGUACAAGAGCAGAAUGCAGAAGCUGUCACUAACACUGUAGAGGAAACUUCUAAACAGGAGGCUUCAGUGGAUGUUGCUCCCAAAAAAGAGGAAGAGGACACCCAGCCAGUUAAAAAAACAUAUACAUGGAAUACGAAAGAAGAAGCAAAGCAAGCAUUUAAAGAACUGUUGAAAGAAAAGCGUGUACCAUCCAAUGCCUCAUGGGAGCAAGCUAUGAAAAUGAUCAUUAAUGAUCCUAGAUACAGUGCAUUGGCAAAGUUGAGUGAAAAAAAGCAAGCCUUUAAUGCUUACAAAGUCCAGACGGAGAAAGAAGAAAAAGAAGAAGCAAGAUCAAAAUACAAAGAAGCUAAAGAAUCCUUUCAACGUUUCCUUGAAAACCAUGAAAAGAUGACAUCUACAACGAGAUACAAAAAAGCUGAACAAAUGUUUGGUGAGAUGGAGGUCUGGAAUGCAAUAUCAGAACGUGAUCGUCUUGAAAUUUAUGAAGAUGUCUUGUUCUUUCUGUCUAAAAAAGAAAAGGAACAAGCCAAGCAGUUACGAAAGAGGAAUUGGGAGGCUUUGAAAAACAUAUUGGAUAACAUGGCUAAUGUAACAUACUCUACCACUUGGUCGGAGGCCCAACAGUAUCUGAUGGACAAUCCUACAUUUGCAGAGGAUGAAGAACUUCAGAAUAUGGAUAAAGAAGAUGCACUGAUUUGUUUUGAAGAACACAUCAGGGCUUUGGAAAAAGAAGAGGAAGAAGAAAAACAGAAGAGUUUGCUUAGGGAAAGGCGACGACAACGUAAAAAUAGAGAAUCUUUUCAGUUAUUUUUGGAUGAAUUACAUGAACAUGGGCAGUUACAUUCAAUGUCUUCCUGGAUGGAGUUGUAUCCAACCAUAAGUUCUGACAUCAGAUUUACUAACAUGCUUGGUCAGCCUGGUAAGACUACUUCCUCUUCCAACAAUGUAGAAAGUGAUACAGUUUUUUCAUUAGGAUCAACUGCACUUGAUCUUUUCAAGUUUUAUGUUGAAGAUUUGAAAGCACGUUACCAUGAUGAAAAGAAGAUAAUAAAGGACAUCUUAAAGGAUAAAGGAUUUCUGGUUGAAGUGAAUACUACUUUUGAAGACUUUGUUACGGUCAUCAGUUCAACUAAAAGAGCUACCACUUUAGAUGCUGGAAAUAUCAAACUGGCUUUCAAUAGUUUGCUGGAAAAGGCAGAAGCCCGUGAACGUGAGCGGGAGAAAGAAGAGGCUCGCAAAAUGAAGCGGAAAGAGUCUGCAUUCAAGAGCAUGUUAAAACAAGCUACGCCCCCAAUUGAAUUGGAUGCUGUCUGGGAAGAUAUCAGAGAUAGAUUUGUUAAGGAACCAGCAUUUGAAGACAUCACUCUAGAAUCUGAAAGAAAAAGAAUCUUUAAAGACUUUAUACACGUACUAGAGCACGAGUGUCAACAUCAUCAUUCAAAGAAUAAGAAACAUUCUAAAAAGUCUAAAAAGCAUCACAGAAAACGGUCUCGCUCCCGUUCGGGCUCAGAGUCUGAUGAUGAUGAUAGCCAUUCAAAGAAGAAGAGGCAACGCUCAGAAUCUAGAUCAGUUUCUGAUCGUUCUUCCAGUGCAGAAUCUGAGAGAAGUUACAAGAAGUCAAAAAAACACAAGAAGAAAAACAAAAAGAGGAGACACAAGUCUGAUUCACCAGAAUCUGAUACUGAACGAGAAAAGGAUAAAAAAGAAAAAGAGAGAGAGAAUGAAAAGGAUAGACCUAGACAAAGAUCGGAAUCAAAGCAUAAAUCUCCUCCUAAAAAGCGUCCUGGAAAAGAUUCUGGUAAUUGGGAUACAUCUGGGAGUGAACUGAGCGAAGGGGAAUUAGAAAAACAGAGAAGAACCCUCUUGGAACAACUGGAUGAAGAUCAAUAAGAACAUUAUUUAUACCAAAUACAUUUACAGUAGGAUUUAAUAAAAGAAACUGAUGUCUAAUUCAGGACAUGAGUUCUGAUAUUCUGAGUUCCAUUGUUGAAAUAACAGUGGGUUUUAAUGAUACUGCAUAAAAAAAUGCAUUCAAGUAAUAUCAUUAUGGGGCCUGGCAUCAAAUCUAGAAAAAACAGAGGAAAUUCAGAGUUAAAGUUGAAGUUCUGUUCUUGACUUGCUAGGAAGCAUAUAUAUUCUGUACACCCUAGAGCCCUUUGAUGAAUGGAAGUUGUUUCACUUCUGAUUCUGGGUCCUGCCUACUCUGGCCAGGGAAAGUAUUAGCCCCUUUCUAGCAAUCCAUGUCUUAAACAGUUCUUUCUGGAAAGGUGCUAAACCUGCUUUUAGAGGCCAGUGGAGACAAGCUAAAUUUCCUUUUUGGAAAGAUUCAAAAUGUAGUUUCUUGUGGCUUAAUUGUCUUUGUGUGUGUUUUUUUUUUGUUUUGUUUUGUUUUUUUGGCAGGAGGAGGGAAAUGGAGAGGGAAUAAUGAAUCCAUUUCUUGAUUUAUUGUAGUACAGAGAAGCACCAGAAACAGAAAUUGCUUUUUUUGUGCACUACAUUACUGGCCAAACUUAUGGUUUUGAUAAUUUGUAUUAAACAAAAAAUGUGACUUCCUGGCUGAGACUUUCUAUGUCAAGUUUCAUCUUGGAGUGAAUUUUUAUGGUAAAGUUUUAAACCCUUACAAAUAGGUGUUUAUGAUGGAAAUCUGCUAGGCCUUUCAUUACAGUGGCACUAGAGGGCGCUGCUGUAAAAUAGCCACCAUUUUUAUUAAAGUAAAACCUGACAUAUAUAUUAAAAUGGCUGAGGGCAUUAUUUCAGCAUUUAUCUUGAUAAGAAAAUUUAACAUAAAAUCAAAUGGUAAAUUAAUUUCAAUAUGUUGCCUUAAGGACCUGCUGAAGAAUGUACCACCAAAUUUUAAAUAGCAGUUGCAAUAUUAAUGUAGAAAAUCAAUGUUAUUCUAAACCUUUUCUUUAAAAAAAAAAAAAAACUAGUAUUGUUUUUAAAAAUUCAGCUUCCACCCCCCACCCUCCUUUUGGUAGCCUCUGACCAGUUUUGCUUUGAGGAAAAGUUCUACUUUCCCUAUUCAGUGACAAGUAUUGACUACUGUGGUACACAUUCUGAAACCUUUCUGAUUUGAAUAUUUUUGUACAUUUUUAUCAAUUAUUAAAUUUUGUCCUCUAGCGUGUACUAGUAUUUAUUUCUAGUUUUAAAUACUCUGUACAGCUCUAAUAGAAAUAACUGCUAUCUAUGAUUGAUGGAAUAAGCAACAUGUGUUCACUCAAUUUUUAUUUUGAAGACUGUGUACAGAGUGUAGCUUCCUUUUCAGCGUAUUAAUCCCUUUUUCUAAUACAUAUGACAAACGUUACCAGUACAUAAAUGCCUAAAAAGCCCAUUUAAGAUCAAAACCUACAACUGCAGCAUUCACACAGAAUAUUUUCAGUAGGAUGGGUAAAUGAGUCACACUUUUUAAGGUUGCUCUUUGAGACUGAAACUUUUCAAUUGAAAGAAAAUAUUUGAGACAUAUUUGGUCUGCUAUAUUCAGAAGGAAAUGACAGGUUUUUGUAUUUAAAAAUAUUCAGUAUACACCUCUAACAUAACAAAUACUAGUCAUCCAUCACUACCUAACAUACCUGUGAAUCAUUCCUUAUUGAAGAAAUACCUUAUACGACUUUUGCCAGGUAGGGUUUGAGGUAAAGAAUUCUAAUAAAUUGUAUUUUAUGUAUAAUAAAAUGUUUCAUGCUAAAUAUCCAAAAAACUGCAAAUGAACUAAAAUGUUGGCAGUGGGACUGUUCCAUAUUUCUGCACCAUGCCCAGCAACUAUCCAAAGUGUGGAAAGUUGCAGGUUAGUCUGUGUGUCAGGACUUGAGCGCUGAUCAUGGGUAUAUGGCUAUAUAAAAUCAGUUAGAUUUUAAAUAUAUAUAUUUUGCUAACCUUGUAAAAUUCACUUCCCUGUGUUUAUAUUUUAAAAAAGCAAAUACAUUGGUAUUGUAGCAAUUAGGUUAACUCUAUAGUGAAAAACAAAACUAAACACACAAUUUGGGGGUGAUAGUACGCAGUACACAGUUCAUCAUGUCUAAUAUUUGGUUUUACAUUGACAGAGAUUUGAGGAAAUGUUUAAAGGUAGCAAAUUAGUUUAGAAUUUUUGACAGGUAAUAAUGGUUUUGAAAACACAUUAGAAUUUGUGUAAAAUACUUUUAUUGCCUAGCAUAAUUUACAUGAAGAAACAUGUUUCUAAGUAAAUAUUACUUUUAAAAGGUUUGUCUUUAUUUUUCCAUUAAAAAUAAAAAAUGUAACUGUAAAUUA